UCAAAUUAUUAAAAAGAAAGAAAAAGUACGCGCUAUUUUAUUAAGUUCAACAUCAUCUAAUAGAGUUUUGAAUUUUGUCUAUAGUUUUUAAUUCGAAUCAUACAAUUCGCCGUAGAAAAUACAAAAGUUCGAAAUCAAAGUUUUGCCUAAAAUGUUCAAUUUGGAAGUAGAUACAUGAACUCUCAUGUAGGUCCUAGUCGGGGGUGUCCUCCCGACAAACACAUGGUGCAUUGGUUCCGUAAAGGUCUUCGACUACACGACAAUCCUUCUCUAAAGGAAGGUCUUAAGGGUGCCACCACUUUCCGCUGUGUCUUCGUCUUAGAUCCGUGGUUUGCUGGAUCCUCAAACGUUGGCAUUAAUAAAUGGAGGUUCUUGUUGCAAUGCUUGGAAGAUCUAGAUCGAAACUUGAAAAAGUUAAAUUCGCGUCUUUUCGUCAUUAGAGGACAACCGGCUGAUGCCUUACCAAAACUGUUCAAAGAAUGGGGAACGACGUGUUUGACCUUUGAAGAGGAUCCAGAACCUUUUGGUCGAGUCCGAGAUCACAAUAUUACAACUCUCUGCAAAGAGUUGGAUAUCACCGUGGUGCAACGAGUUUCGCAUACCUUGUACCAUCUACAGAACAUUAUUGAUAAAAACAAUGGACGAGCUCCUUUAACCUACCAUCAAUUCCUUGCAGUAAUUGCAGGCAUGGAUGCUCCACCAACACCUGAAUGUUUGGUCACCUCAAAAGCUUUGAAUGGGGCGUACACUCCAAUAUCGGAGGAUCAUGAUGAAAAAUACGGAGUGCCGACGCUUGAAGAAUUAGGUUUCGAUACAGAUGGUCUGUUACCACCAGUCUGGCAAGGUGGUGAAAGUGAAGCUCUGGGUAGACUAGAAAGGCACUUGGAGAGGAAAGCUUGGGUGGCAUCGUUCGGACGACCCAAGAUGACACCUCAAUCAUUAUUACCUUCGCAAACUGGUCUCUCGCCCUACUUACGUUUCGGGUGUUUAUCAACCCGAUUGUUCUAUUACCAAUUAACCGAUCUGUACAAGAAAAUCAAAAGAGCUUUUCCUCCUUUAUCACUUCACGGCCAAUUGCUUUGGAGGGAGUUUUUUUAUUGUGCAGCAACGAAAAAUGCAAAUUUCGACAAGAUGAUUGGUAAUCCAAUCUGCGUGCAAAUACCUUGGGAUAAAAAUGCUGAAGCUUUAGCGAAAUGGGCUAAUGGUCAAACAGGAUUUCCAUGGAUUGAUGCCAUUAUGACACAAUUACGAGAGGAGGGAUGGAUCCAUCAUCUUGCGCGUCACGCUGUAGCGUGUUUCCUGACGCGCGGGGAUCUAUGGCUUUCGUGGGAAGAAGGAAUGAAGGUUUUCGAGGAACUUCUUUUGGAUGCGGAUUGGUCCGUGAACGCAGGGAUGUGGAUGUGGCUUUCAUGCUCCAGCUUCUUCCAGCAGUUUUUCCAUUGCUAUUGUCCGGUGAAGUUUGGACGAAAGGCGGAUCCGAAUGGCGAUUACAUAAGAAAAUAUUUACCAGUAUUAAAGAAUAUGCCCGUGCAAUAUAUCCACGAACCUUGGACAGCGCCUGAAAACGUUCAACGGGCAACAAAAUGCAUCAUCGGGAAAGACUAUCCAUUGCCAAUAGUAAAUCACGGCGUUGCUAGUAGGAUCAAUAUCCAGAGGAUGAAGCAAGUUUACCAACAACUGACUAAAUACCGGAUAUUGGAUAGGCAUCAUAGUUGUUCGACACCAAUGAAAUCAUAUAAGGAUGGUUAUCAAGCGAGAGCAGUCACUGUCGGCAAUUCAAACGAUGACUAAUAACUUUAAAAUAAUUUUCGUUAUAGAUAUUUAAACUUAUUCGAACGCUCUAAGACUGACAUUAAUAUAAUCUCCAGUAAAUGUUUGUACUUCCUAACAUCUUGUAUCGCAUAAAUUCAUAAUAAUAAAUAUUCAACAACACUGUUUAUUUCUACACAUUUAGUUGAAGACCUUGGAUAAUGUUAAUCGUUAUUUAUGAAAGUAAGAGUCAAUUGAUUUUAGUAUAAUUAUAUUAUGUACGCUAAGCAAAUGUAUAGUGAAUUCCCAUAUAAAUGCAUUUUUUUGUGAAACGUACAUAGCCAUGGAAC